AUGGAACUCGGCUGUACCCAUACUGAUGCUGCACUGAAUUUUACUGGUGAUGACUGUCCAUAUUUGACAGCUUCAUUUGUCUUUGCUGGUCUAUCUAUGAUGCUUAAUAUUCGACUUGCUUAUAGUUCUGCUCCAUAUGCACUCAUUAGAUACAAGUUACCUGAGAAUCUUUUUAGUGUGUUUGUUAGAAGAAUGGCUAGUGCCUUGGAACUCUGGUGUCUGCCAAGUAUGCUUCUGGGUAACAUACUUGAUAAUGGUGUGAAAAUAUUAUUCAAAUACUACGGCGACAAACUCAAACUAGGAGACUACGGCGACAGCGAAAACAAGUCCAAGCAACUUAAGCAAUGGACUAUCAUCUAUCCUUCCAUAUUUACUAUGUGGUCAGACUUCAUCACAUACGUAGUACUUCUAGUUGUAUAUUUGAUGGGUGGUGACUAUGGUAAUGUAACUGCCUAUUAUGGUGUCAUUGCAGUAUCUGGAUUCAUCUUUGGUAUCAAUAUGACAUUGGUUUAUGCUGUGGAUUUUAAUUAUAUACCUGUCUAUGUUGCUGGUGAAAAUUCAUUUCCAGCACUAACAUCAUUAAUUCAUUAUUUUGCAACACUGAUAUUUGGUAAUCGAAGGAAAUGGAAUUCAGAUUUUCUAAUUGUAGUGAUUGACAUAUCUGUAGCAAUCACCAUUUCAUUUAUUACAGCUACUCUCUGGACCGUAUCAUUCCUAUCAACUCACAAAACUGAUAAUAAGUAUCAUAUUCAGCCAUUUGACAAGAAUAUUUCCAAACCUCACUGGGAAGUUAUUUCACCUACACUAAUGGUGAUAGUAGGUAUGGGACUGGUGUAUGCUAUUUAUCCUGGUUUAGCACCAGGUAUGAUUGUACCAUUUUAUCUCAUUGAUAAGAUUGAGAUGGUACUUCUGAUUGCUACGAUAUUUCCACCCGUCAUUGUAGCACUACUUAUCAAAGGAUCAUUUAAUCAAGCUACCACAGAGUAUUCACCUAAAUCCGCAUACCAACCACAUAAAAAUGGCUCUGAACCCGAUAAAGAUCCUGGUUUCGGCGGCUGGCGACAUUACAAAAAACACAUACCGAAAAACCCAACUGGACUAUCACCUGACUUCAGCUGCAAAACCGAUGAUGGUGGUGAAAAUCAAUUUGUUCCUAAUUGGUUCUGGCACUUCUUUGAUCUACUCAUAGUUAUUAAGAUCACUCUUGCCGUCAUAUUCAUUUACUCACUUCAUUAUAGAGAUUCUUCACUUUCCCGUAGUAUCAUUAAUCAACCUAAGAUGUCUACCAUCCUCAGCAUUACAUUCUAUAUGUGUCAUGAGAUUCUUCUUGCUUUGGGGUUUCCAGGUGUCAUAGGUAAUAAUGGUGCUGAUUAUGUUAUGCUACCAGCGCAAUAUAUUGGAGCUCUGUUUAUGAUCUUCCUAGCGUUUUAUUCAGAAGGAUACAUUAUUGAAUAUAAAAGUCAUGAUCCUGCUCAUUGGCCCACAGAAGGUAUGACGAAAUGGAACGCGUUCUGCUAUUGGUGUAAAAGAGCCAGCAAAAUAACUAAUCAUAAUCUUAGAUCAUUGUUUACAACUGAUUUACGUAGAGAUUUACUUUUAUGUAUUCAAAAGAAUGACCACCUGACAUGUAUUUAUUUAACUAAUCAUUGGUUAUGUAUGUAUGUAUGUGUUAGUGGUUGUCAUCUUUGUGGUUUUAGAUUUGUUUAUGUAUAUGUUGGUGAAUGGUUAUAG